UUUAAUUUGUGUGUGUGUAAAUUUACGUGUCCGACGCCAUUGAGCGAUACGGGUGUUGGUUUUAAAUUAUUAGGAACUAAUAAGAUAGUUAAGAGACACCAUGAGAAUCGAAGCACCAGAAUCGUUUUGGUUGAAUAAGACUGUCUACAGCAAUGCUGAGAGGUUAUACUACGAGGAAUGUAGUCAGAUAAUCGAGCGGGUUCCCGCUGUCCGCACUAAAAAGAUCAAAAAGAAGAUCAAGGCGAUGGCGGCAAGACAGAAUCCACAAAAUUUACUUUACUUAAAUCCCCUCACGCUGGAGGCGAAUUUCUUUUUGGAAACACUGGAGCAGGUGAGCCUCAACAGCGAAGUCGAAUUGGAUCACGAAUUGGCCACGCUGCUUGAGCGCAUUAUGGUAGGCAUCGAAAGGUAUAUGGACCGGAAACCCACCUUUAUAUGGCCCGCCAACGGACACGGUGAAGGUGUGGCCUUUGUGCCGCGGAAGGAUUUGCUUAAAAUCAAACGCACAUUCAACUGCAUCGCAUGUGCAAACCAAAUGGUUGGAACAAACAUUUCCAAGGUUGUGGCGCAUUUGUCCGAAAAGCACUACCAGAAUCCCAAUAACGUAGUGGUUGCAGCUCAGGGGAAGCAGGAUAGGAUACAAACCAAGGUGGCACCACGCGGUCGAUUGAUGGAAGUUCUGCCCAAAAAAGCCAAAACCUUUGUUACUUCCGAUCUCACAAAAAUGUUCAGGGAAAGGUAUUGGGUUGCCGACAAGCUGAAAGUGAUACCCGAAUACGAUGCCAUCGAGGAGGAUCUAAUAAGCGUGCUGACGCCAGUGUUUCCCAAUUGGGCGAUGCACAUUUACAAGUUCGGUUCACGCAUAUCCGGCAUUGGCACACGCUGUUCCGAUCUGGAUAUUUUUGUGGAUAUUGGCUACACAUUCGACAUAUUUGAGCAUCGCGCCUCCAAGGAAACGUUGGCCAAGCUGCGGGCCAUGCGUCCAGCCUUUUGUGCCAGCAACAAGUGGCGCAUCAUCAAUGUCAUCGAGCAGGCACGCGUUCCCAUCAUCAAGGUCUCCCAUCUGACCACCGGCAUAGAGUGUGAUAUAUGCCUGAAUAGCCUGGGCUUCUGCAACACCAACUUGUUGAAGUACAUAUUCGAUAUACAGCCGCUGGCUCAAUACAUGUGCAUCUAUGCGAAAAACUGGCUGGAACGCUGCAAACAGGCGGAAAUAUCCACAUACAGCAUUACACUGAUGGUGAUUUAUUUCAUGCAGCUGCACGGCCUUUUGCCCUCAGUUUUUGCCUUGCAGCAUGAACAGCCGUUCAAUCAGUUCGUUGGACCUUGGAUUGUGAACUUUGAACACAAAUCUCUUCAGUAUCUGCGCCUUCCGGAAGCCGAUACGGAUGCGCCCGCAAUUCGAAACAUUUUGAGCCAAUUCUUUGCCUUCUAUUCAAAAUUCGAUUACGAGAGAUUUUUGGUGUGUCCAUAUUUUGGUAGCGCUGAAGUCCAAAUUCAAUACGUUGAGAAGUUGAUGCCAAAUCGUUUUAGCAAUUACACCAGAGAGAAUCCCGAUUGUACAUUGCAGUUGCGAAAACCAAUGGUGGUCCAGGAUCCCAUACAGCUGAAUCAUAACGUAACGAAGGCGGUAUCCCGAUCUGCACUGAAGGUGUUUAUAGAUUAUUGCGCUCAGACGGCAUCUCUUAUGGGUGAGCCAUCAACCAACUGGCGACAGCGCACAUAAAUACAGAAUAUGAAACGAACCCUCCGCCCCCAUUCUGACCGCAGAAUCGCGGUUUUCUUUGCUUUCGACUUGGUGUUUAUAAGAGUUUCUUAUUGUAAAUAAAAUGGAUUUUGUAACGCUCGCAUCGUUGGACAAUCCAACCGUUUGCAACAUCAAGAAAACGAAAAAAAAACAUAUUGCUGACUUUGUAUAUUUCACUAAAAGGCAUACAAAUAUCGCUCAAUUGUAUAAUUUUUCUGCCUUGUUCAGCAGGAUUUUGUUUCAAUUGCACUAAUACACUAAAAAGCAUCGAAUGGCACACGCUGGAUGGGAGGCCAGGAACAAUACAAUACCCCACGCUCUUACAAUGGCUAUACGUCGGGUACACGACCAAAGAUCUUCAACAACAUAUAGAUGGUAAAGCCCACGAUCAUAACCAGGCCCAGGAGAUAUACACGAUUGCGCCAGUGCUGCUUGGACUCCUUCAUCAUGUUGACCACGCGUAUGGCCGACUCUUCCGUUUCCUCAAUGCUGCCAUUAUUAUCUAUGACAAAGUGCGAUUGUUCGCAUUUCUUCUCCAGCGGCAUUUGUGACUCAAUCCGGUGGCUCGCCUCUGCCUCGGAAAGCUCAUUGCGGGCAAUCAAACGCUGCAAUUGUUUGUCCGAAUCGC